AUGGAGUUGAAACUCAUCCUCACUACCGAAAAUCCAUUCAGAUCGAAAGUCAUCUUUUGGUAUAGAUAUGUGGAUGAUAUUAUUAUUGCCUUUGAUGGAAGCCGGGAGGAACUCUUGGAAAUGCUGAAUUGGAUUAACAGCCUUCAUAAUAACAUUGAGUUCACUUUUGAGGUCGAAGAAGAUAAGAGCCUGAACUUUUUGGACUUGACCAUCCAUAUGACUAACCAGGGUCUCGCCUUUGACAUUUUUAGAAAACUUACUCAGACAGAUCACACUAUAGAUAAUCUUUCGUGCCAUCAAUUGGGACAUAAGCUCUCUGCUUUUAGGGCCUACAUUAAUCGGAUGUUCAAGACCCCAUUGGACAGUGAUAGGAUCUCGGACGAGGUGGCUGUUCUCAAUCAUAUAGCAGCUCAAAAUGGUUACGAACCAGAUUUGAUAGACAAAUUGAUCACCAAGCACCAAAAUAAAAUGGAGAUCGACCAACUGCAUUCUUCAGACAAUCGUUCCACAACUUUAGAUAAGAAAUAUAUUAGCAUCCCUUUCUAUGGUAACAUCUCCCAUAAGAUAGGCAACUUGUUUAGACAGUAUAGUGAUUUUGAGAUCUCCUUUAGAUCCACUAAUACAUUGGGACAACUUUUAUCACAUAACAAAGAUCCAGUCAAUUCUUUGAACAAGUCAGGGGUUUAUAGAUUGAAAUGUGGAGAUUGCAACACUCUGUACGUUGGUAGAAGUGGUAGAAGUAUUAAUUCUAGAAUUAAUGAACACCUCACAAGCUUUAGAGUAGAUAACAACAACAAGUCUGCAUUUGGCGUACACCUUAGAGUUCAGAACCAUAACUUUAAUAAAAAAGAAGUUGUGAAGUUGCUCCACAAUUGUAAUUAUGGAAAAAGACUAGAAGUACUUGAAGAAAUGGAAAUAUAUAAAUAUCUGAAUAUUCCUAAUGUGGAAACCCUCAAUUCGACAAUGGUCAACAGUUUCCAGGAGUCUUUUAGGUUAAUAGAUGAGGUGAGGACCAUCGACGUUUUGCGGACUCAAUGA